UGCAUGUUGAUCCUCAAGUUAUAAUUUGAGCGGAGUUGAGACCGCCGAUCUGCAACAGGCCAGUCAAUUUGACCAGCUGAUCACAGCAACGGCCAAAGCUUGAGAUUUAAAAAGCCUGGACCAUGAGGUCUCAAACCGGAUCGGCGGAGCCCAGUGAUCCUCGUGGUUUGAGGCUGUCACACCGCAAUCUGAUAUGGUGCUCCCGCACCUACCUCUCUCACUGUUGUCAGCCUUCGAGUGUCCAGUCGCUGAUACUCCGGCUUCCACCCCUGUAUUUGACCAUUCAAAUGCCAGGACGCAUCCACGAGCAACCCAGUCGACCAGGAAUCGCACCUUACGGCUGCCGAUGGGAGGCAUGUCAAGCUUCGUUUCGUGGCCGAUGGCGGACCUUAGUCAAUGGAACUACUUGGAUCGUCAAAGAGCCCCUCGGCGCCGUCAUCGACCACGGGCACCGUGCAUUAGACCAUUCCUCUGUGAAAUCCUGGCUGUCGAAAAGUAUAUAGACCCCGUGCUUGCCUACUUCAACCUUCUCUACCUCGCAGUCGAACAGCAUCAACAGCACUCCGCGCUUCUUAGCUUCAUAAACCAUCCAACUUGAUCCAACGUUCCCACGUCGUCGCCAAUAUGCGUUCGUACGUCGUCCUUUCCGCUCUUAUCUCUGUCGCA